ACUUUCUAGAGUUGAGUGCGAUUUGUGUUUCUCGAGGUUGACUGGUUGCUCUUGUUAUCAUGGCGGUGUCAGUUGUUGGGCUGGAUGUCGGUACUCUAACUUCGUAUAUUGGUGUAGCUAGAGGAGGUGGUAUUGAGGUGAUAGCAAAUGAAUACAGUGAAAGAGCAACGCCUACAUGUGUUGCAUUUUCAGGUAACCUAACCCUCGUAGGCACAGCGGCGAAAUUACAACAUGUUAUGAAUUACAAAAACACUUUCACAAACUUCACCCAAUUACUUGGCAAGAGUCCCACAGACUUUGCUGUUGCCAAAGAGAAGAGACAUUUGACUCACGCAGUAGAGUGUCGUGAUGGUCGUGUUUCUUUCCCGGUUGUUUUAAAUGGAGUUAGUACUUCGUUUAUUCCUGAACAAGUUCUCGCCAUCCAACUGAAUAAACUCAAGGAAAUCACAGAAUGCGCAAUUGGUUCAAAAGUCGUGGAUGUCGUUAUAAACGUCCCAACUUAUUACACAGACGCCGAACGGAGAUCUGUACUAGAUGCUUCAAAGAUAGCUGGUCUAAACUGUGUAAAACUAGUUAAUGACUUGACAGCAGUUGGGACCGCAUACGGCUUUUAUAGUACUGAUUUGCCUCCUGUUGAUCGUCCUCCAAAAGUUGUGUGUUUCGUUAGCGUUGGUUAUAGCACCACACAAAUCAGUAUCUGUGCUUUCAAUACAGGUAAAAUGAAAGUCCUUGCAACAGUGUGUGAUGCUUUUCUUGGUGGUCGGGAUUUCGAUAGAAAGCUUUUCGACAAGUUCGCCUCAGAUUUCCAACAGCAAUACAAAAUUAAGGAACCCUUAUCUGUAAAAGCAACUAUUAGACUGCUUCAAGAAUGCGAGAAGCUUAAAAAAGCAAUGAGUGCCAAUUCUUCAGAAUUGCCAAUAAAUGUCGAAUGUUUGGCAGAAGAACGUGAUCUAGCAAACAAAAUGAAACGGACUGAUUUCGAGGAAAUGUGUUCGGAUCUUGUGCAGCGUUUCCAAGAUCUACUAACACGUUGCCUUGAUACUGCUAAGUUGAAAGCAGAAGACGUUCAUUCAGUGGAACUUAUUGGUGGUAGUUCGCGUAUACCUAUGUUAAAGAAUGCUAUUUUGUCUGUAUUCAAGCAAGAAGGAAGAACUAGUUUAAACGCUGAUGAGGCAGUUGCUCGUGGAUGCGCUUUCCAGGCAGCCAUCUGCUCACCGGCCUUCAAGGUAAGAGACUUCAGUGUAGUGGAGCCGUGUCUGUACCCUAUUGUGCUACAAGUUGAUCGGGAAGAAGGUGGUGAUCAGUGCAUGCAAACUGAAGAAAUAGACGGAGCAGUAGCAAUCCAGAGCAAAGAUAUGUGUAUUGAAGUGUUUCCUCAUCUUCAUCCUAUUCCUUCUUCACGUCAGAUUGUCCUGUCUCGCCGUGGCAUCCUUACUUUGGAAGCUCGGUAUGCGGAUAAAGAUGCCCUACCGAAUCAAAAUGUAUCAAUUGGAACCUUUAAAAUAGGCAAUCCUUCUGAAACAUUUACAGAACCUCGUAAAAUUAGACUUAAAGUCCGUAUGAAUACUCAUGGUAUCUUUAACAUAUCACAAGCGCAGUUGGUGGAAGAGUAUGAGAAAGAAGUUGAAGUCACUGUUCCUGAGGACGGUCCCAAAGCAGAUGGUUCUGGAAAUGCAAAGGCGGAAGUAAACGCUCCUAGCAAUGGAGAUGUUGGCAAUCAACAACCAGCUGAAGUUAAUAGUGAAUCAACACCCAACGCCGAGCCAGAUUCAACUUCACCAAAGAAGAAGACUGUAACAAAGAAGAAGUUUACUAAAUAUCAUGACUUAAGUAUUGAUGUUAACAAUAUGCAACUCAGCACAAAACAGCUAAACGAGUUCUGUGAAGUUGAGGCCAAUCUUAUCCAACAGGAUAAAAUGGAACGGGAAAGAGUUAAUGCUAAAAAUGCUGUUGAAGAAUAUGUAUACGAUAUUCGCUCUAAAAUUCAAGGUCCGUUAAGUCCUUUCUUGACGCCUGCUGAGUCAGAAUCACUUUUACGGAUGUUGGAUGCAACAGAAGAGUGGUUGUAUGGUGAAGGCGAAGAAGUAACCCGUCAGGUUUAUGUGGAGAAACUCACUGAGUUGAAGAGUAAGAGUGAUCCAGUUGUACAUCGAGCAAACGAACAUCUCAACCGCCCCAUGAUAGUAGAAAAUUUCAAUCGGUCAAUUAUGGUUAGUUUGUGUUUUAGUCAUUAUACUUUGCGUGGUGUAUUGUUUCUUGAGAAAUGUGUUAUCAAAUGUUGCACAUACUGAACUUGGCUGGUUUUCAGUAGUAGUAAAUAGAGCGUUCGUUACGACAUAGUUUUGAAUGCUUCGUUGCGUCAUCACUAAAGUUCACACAAAGGUUUUUGAGGUGCAGUUUAUUUAUUUAUCUAAGAACAAACUAGGCAUUGAUAAAUAGAGAACAAAAUGGAAAAAGUAUUGAUACCAGUUUCAUCUGAAGUGUUCAUUUUGGUCUAUAACGAAGAAGGAGGAUACAGUAUGAUAAUAGCCGGAUUGCAUUACUCUUCGAAUCCGCUGAUGGAACUGUAAGAGCGCAACGUAACCAUCCUUUACUGCUGUCUACCAGACAGUGCCAAACAUUAGUUUUGUCCAAUGCACUGAAUUCAACUCAUGUUAGGAAAUAAAAUUUUUAUGAUCGUAUUCUGCUCCAACCACUUGUAUUAUUUUCGUGAAGAAUUUCAUAUCUUUCAACUCCUUUAUUGUGUUCAUUGAGAUUUGCUAUCUUUGCUGACUUUCAUUUCCAAGUGGGUAGGUGCAUUAUUUGUUGUGAUUAACUCAUUGUUAGUAAGUCACUCAUGUCACAGUUACGUUUGCCUAAAUUGACUUAACGAGAUUUGCCAUUUUGCGAUGUUUAGGAAUAAAACGCUAGAUUAAAUAUAUACAUAUGAGUUGUUGCCCAUUCAAAAAUUGUUUUAACUUCGUGCAAAUGUUUAGGUUUCUGAGAUCCUUUCACAUUUGUAUAUCAUUUGGACAGUUGUGGAAACCUAAAAGACGUUAUAGGUUGCUUAUUGUACGCUGUACAAGUGUCGAAUAUGGGAUAAUCAACAUUCAUGAUGUAUUUUAAUCCAAGUUUCAUAAAUUUGUGUUUAUUUUUCAACUUUUUGUUCUGCAGCAUAUUAAAAAAGUUUUAGACAGCUUAUCAGCUGGUGAACCAACGUACGAUCACUUGACUCCAGAACAGGUCAGUCAGCUGAAGGAAAUGAUAGUUCAGUAUGAGGGUUGGCUGCAUCAGCAGAUGACACAACAGAAUUCUCGACCACAGACUGCGGACCCUGUUGUAAAAGUUUCAGAAAUUAUGUCUCAGCAAAAGGUGAGUGAUGUUUGCUGAAUUAACUAUACAUUCUGUGACGUGGUCGUAACUGCAUACACUUUAUUACUGUGUGUAAACGUCAAAUUAAUUACAAAAUGCUUUAACUUUGGACAGCGAACUGAUUUUCAGAAGGUCUCAUUGGUUUUAUCCGAGUUUUAGUGUGAAGAAAUUAAUUAUAACUGACCUUUAUGAUAGGUGGGGCUGUCUACUGACUAAGGUGAGCUACAAGGUUUUUAGUAGCCAAUAUUGUAGGAAUUGUGUAGCUCACAUCGUCUGUCUAGAAAGAUCAUAGGAAGUGGUUUGUCUGGAAAUCAAGAUAGUUUAUAAGACUAUAUGGGCAUAGUUUUAAUUGACUGGUUUCAUCAACUUGUCUGUUUGUGCAAUAUGUUUACGCUUGCAUAAAGUGAGCAUAUAGUGUAUCCUAUCUCAUACUAAUUAGAACUGUAAAUGGCAUUUUUGUGUAUUCAUCUAUAUCCUUACAUCAUGGUCUACUUUCAGGCAUUUGAGUCGACGUGUCAUCCUAUCAUCAAUACACCGAAACCGGCUCCACCAACCCAAACAGAUGGUCCAGCUACCCAGAAUUCUGAUCAGUCCAACAAUAUGAAUAACAACACCAAGGAGGACAAUAAUCCAAAAACAUGUCAUUCCAACAAGAAUGCCAAAAAUGAAGAAAACAUGGAUUUGGAUUAGUGAUACGUGGCUUAACUUCUGUGAAAUCUUAUUCUGUUUAAUUGAACAUUUUGUCUAAUCACUUAGUUUUUUGUUCAUAUCCUUGAAACUGACGGAUGCCUUAGAGAUAUUACCACCAACUCGGCAAUAGCUUUAUGCAACAUUGUGUAACUGGAUCUGAGUAUAGAUAAGGAUGGGUAUGGUUCAUGUACCAACUAAAUGCUAGCUGCGCUAGUUUAGAAAACAUCGAGGCCCUUAUAGCAACUGGUAGUGCGACUAUAUUCAUUAUUUAGUGACAUCGAAUCUCAACAUGCCUUCUGUUUGUUAGACAAUAUUCCUUAACAUCCCACUUUACAAAUUAAUCUAAGGAGAUUCCCAGAUAAU